GCCUCCUAGUGAAUAAAUAUUAUACAAGCUGACAAGUUAUGCAAGUAGGCGGAAAUCAGUCGUCUCUGGACAAAACGUAUCGAAUUUGAAGGAGUGUGUAACCUAUACAGGUACAGGUACAGGUAUAGUGUACAGGAGUAAUUCAGUCCAGGUGAUCUGAAGAUGAAGAUUGCAGUGCUUGGAGCUACAGGACAGACCGGGCUGCAGCUGGUAAACCAGGCUCUCCAGCAGGGACACAUUAUCACAGCCAUAGUGAGGAAUCCUUCCAAACUGACCAUAAACCAUGAGAACCUUAAGGUGGUGGAGGGAAAUAUUUUCUCUGAAGACAGUCUGAAGCCGCACUUCACAGGACAGGAUGCUGUUAUGUCAUGUCUUGGGUUCCCAACAUCUUUUUUCUAUGGAGUCACAGGCUACACUGAGUCUAUGACGGCAACCCUCAACGCAAUGCGAGAAGUCAAAGUGAAUCGAAUCAUUACCAUGACAUCAUGGUACACCGAUCCUAAUUCAGGGACCAGAUCUCCAUUUUUUAUUCGCUUUAUGCUACUGCCAAUAAUUCGGAGUGUUCUAAGCAACAUGUAUGAGAUGGAGAAGCUUUUGGAGAAGACUGAGGACAUCAACUGGACUGUAGUCAGGCCACCAGGGCUGCAAAAUACUCCAGUUACAGACAAAGAAAUCCUGACCCAUGAAGGUUACUAUGUGCCUGAUAAGAAUGACUACCCUGCAGGCAACGCUGUAUCAAGAUCAGAUGUGGCUCGCUUCAUGCUGUCUCUGCUCAGCAACAACGCCUGGAUAAAGAAAGCAGUUGCUAUCAUCACCAAGUGAAUUAAAAUCAUGCUUCAUGCUGAUAAUGCAGGGGAAUUUAAACACUUUUAAACCACUAAGCGUAAUCUUAAAUGUUUUCAUACAUAUCAUAUUAGCAAGAUACUCUGUAUAUGCACAUGAAUUUCCUGAAUUAAGUUUCUGCUUGGGUUUUAAUUUAAAAAUCAAUGACAACAUCUCUUUAGGCCAGGUAGGAGAAUAGUAAGUUUGUAAUUUUGUACAUAAGAGCCAAUAUAGAGAUGAGUGUGGGUGCAUUAAAAAUGCAAAAGAAGCAAUAGUUUUUUCUUUUUAUUUCUGAAGCACUAGAAUGUCCUAUGCACUAGAAUGUCCUAUACAGCUAAACCAAAUACAAAAAACCUAGCUUGUACUUGGAUAUUAAAAAUUAUAUUUGGUGUCAUUGAAAGGGAAAUGAGAGAUUUCAGUUAAGAGUCUCUAAACUAUUUAGUCAAAUCCUCUUCCCACAUUAACUAUAUAUAUAAAAUUAUAACCAAUGUUGAAAAUGUGAAAGACCCCAAAUUUAAUCAGAAGUUGGACAAUAUUAUUUUUUUUACUUGUUGUGUCCUUAAAAUAUUAGUCUCCGCACUGCAAGAUUUACCCAGAAGAACACAAUACACUUAAAAAACUCAUGAAAUUUAUUGUGAACGAUCUUCACAUUACAUCAUAACAUUGGAAGAUGACAAACAGGAACAGUUAAUUUAUAAUGUUAUACUCUGUGUGUGCUUUUGUAAUGCUAUACUAUGUGUGUGCGUUUUGCAGCAAAAAUUGGAUCAUAUUUUUGGCUGUCUUGGACUUCUUCUAGUAUGGGCUACUUGUAAAUUAAAACUUUACAUGGAGUACUGUCCAUAUUCGAGACCUCUAUGUAUCAGCCACCAUGCUUGUGAAUUCUCCAAAUAAAUUUUGAUGACUUGC